AUGAAGAAAUUAAUAGUGAAUUACAUAACUGAAUUCUCCAAGUCUUUCUGGGGUGUUUCCGAUUUAUUUCGAUUCGCAACAUUGACUGAAAGAUACGUCAUUGUGGUAAUGUUUCUUAUGCUAACUGUUGCCGCUUUUUGUUUGCCAUGUUCGACUGUAAUUUAUGCUGAAAUUACGGGCAUGAUUGUGGAUAGAAUGACCACUAAUACUACAAAAACAAUCGUUUACACCCUUGGACUUUUCGGCGGAGGAAGGCUACUUGAAAAUUCUACUACUGAAGAAAGAGCCUUGGCCAUUAGUGAAGAUAUUUGGUCAGGAUUUUGGCUGACUUUAUUACUAGUCGCACUUAUGACAGUUAUAAUAUGUUCUGUUAUCUAUGGAAUGAAUUUCAUAGCAAUGAAGCAUACUAUGAGGAUUAGAAGAAUUUUUCUAAAAUCUAUUCUGAGUCAGGAUAUGACUUGGUUCGAUUCGAAUCAUAAUUUGGAUUUUGCCACUAAAAUCACAAGCAAUCUGGACUUGAUAAAGGAUGCUAUUGGAGAGAAAUUGGUAACAGUAGUUUAUUUCUUUUCUGAUUUUUUCUUUGAAAUGCUUCUUGCAAUAUUAUUUGGAUGGGAACUAACACUUGUAGUGGCUUCAGUGUACACUAUUUGGAUGACUAGUAUUACUAUCAUCCUUGGAAAGCAGGAAAUUCGUCUUACAGAAAGGGAAGCAGAGAGUUACUCGGUUGCUGGAUCAAUUGCUGAAGAAGUCUUCAAUUCUAUUCGGACUGUUGUGGCUUUUGGUGGGGAAGAUAAAGAAUGUAAAAGAUACCAAGAAAGUCUUAGAUUGGCAGAAGAAUCGGGUAUAAGGAAGAAUUUCUAUUCUGGCCUUCAAAGCGGUUUUAUGUGGUUUCUCGUUUUUGGUGGUUUUGGAUUUUCUUUUUUCUACGGGAUACACUUAAUGAUCCGAGACCGUGAAUUAUCGGAAGAUAUAAAUACAUAUAAUGCAGCCAGCUUAGUGAUUAUUGUCCUUUGUACAAUGAAUGCAUCACAAUUUCUAUCACUCAGUGUCCCAAGCUUAGAGACAAUAAUAACAGCCAAGGGAGUCUCAAAACAAAUCUAUAAUAUUAUAGACCAAAAAUCAAGAAUUGAUCCAUUCAGUAAGGAUGGAAUGACUUUUAACGAUCUAAAAGGAAAUAUUGAAUUUCGAAAUGUACAUUUUCAAUAUCCCUCGAGAAAUGAAGUAAAAGUUCUCAAAAAUAUAAAUUUUCAAAUCAAGAAUGGUCAAACAAUAGCUUUAGUUGGUAGUUCAGGAUCUGGGAAAUCAACAUGCCUUCAACUUCUUCAAAGACUUUACGAUCCAACAGAGGGAGAAGUCGUCAUCGAUGGAGUGGAUAUCAAGAAAAUCAAUACUGCCUUUUUACGAUCUCAAAUCGGAGUUGUUGGUCAGGAACCAGUGCUCUUCUCAGGAACAAUUGCAGAGAAUAUUCGAUUCGGGAAUCCAAAAGCCACUCAGGAUGAAAUAAUUAAUUCAGCGAAGAUAGCAAAUAUUCACAGUUUUAUUGAAAAAUUGCCACACGGAUACGAGACUUUGUUGGGAGAGAACGGAGCACAGUUGUCAGGCGGCCAGAAACAGAGGAUUGCUAUUGCAAGGGCUAUUGUUAGGAAUCCUAGAAUCCUGCUCUUGGACGAAGCCACUUCGGCCCUUGAUAAUGAAUCUGAGAGAAUAGUUCAAAAAGCAUUAGACAAAGCUUCCGAGGGUCGAACCACGUUGAUCGUCUCCCAUCGACUUUCAAGCAUUCAAAAUGCAAACUACAUUAUCGUGUUUAACCAAGGAGAAAUCGUUGAGACAGGAUCUCAUGAAGAACUAAUCCAACAGAAAGGACACUACUUUAAACUAAGAAUGGCCGGAAAGGAUUCCGUAAAUUCCGAUUCAUGUUCCAGUUCAGUAGAAGACACCGACCAACCUGAAAGUGAAAGAAAGACUAACCAAAGCGAUGAAGUAGAUGAAUAUUUCUCCAAUGAUGAUCCAGAUAAAGAGCAUUUAAAAAUAGAAGAAGCAAACAAUCAUAUGAUAAAAAUAUUUAAAAUGAGUUUAAUGGACUGGAAACUACUUGCAAUAGGAUGCUUCUGUUCAUUGAUCGUGGGAGCAUCAUUCCCAGUUAAUGGUUUACUUUUUGGUUAUUUCUUCGAAGUUUUUCAAACCGAAGAAUUGGAUGUAAUGCGAAGCAUAGCUCUAUCUAACUUACUAAGAUGUAUUGCACUAGCUUUCUCAGCAGGAAUUGCAGCACUUGCUUUAACAUACAGUUUUGGAAAGGCUGGUAUUCAUUUGACCACUAAACUGAGGGUAAUGUAUUUAGAGAAAGCUCUUCAACAGGAAAUCAGAUGGUACGACGAUCCUGGCAAUUCCGUUGGAGCUCUAUCAGCCAGACUCUCAAAAGAUUGUGCAAAUGUUCAAGGAGCCACUGGAAUCCGUAUUUCAGCAAUUCUUCAGGCCAUUACUUCAAUUGUUAUCGGGGGUGCUAUUGGAUUGCUAAUAUUUUGGAAAUAUGCCUUGAUCAUUCUCGUUAUGGUUCCUUUACUUUUUUCCGUAGCAGCUUUCGAUUCUCAGUAUUCAAAAUCGAGUGCUGUGAAAGAGAAAAGAGCUAUGGAGAACGUUUCACGGAUUGCUGUAGAAGCCAUAUCUAAUAUCCGAACUGUGGCAAGUUUAGGCCUGGAGAAACACGUUCUUGAGAGAUUUGAUCAGGAACUUGAAAUAGCUGAAAAAGAAGCACUGAAAAGUACUAGACUUCGAGGACUGGCUUACAGUUUAAAUCUUACUAUGAAUAUUCUGGUAUUUGUAGCGCCUCUUUUAUAUGCCGGACCUUUAAUAUCAAGUGGAGAAAUUGACUUUACUAAAGUCGUUAUGGUUACCGAAGCGAUAAUAAAUGGGUCAUGGAUGGUUGGAUUUGCAUUAGCAAGUGCUCCUAAUGUGAACUUGGCUAUUACAUCAGCUCGAAAUAUCAUGUCAUUCCUCAGGAGUCAACCGAAACUCAACCGACUAGAAUACCGAAAUGCCGAAGAAAACGACCAACUUACUUCGAGUAAUGUCGAUUACGAAAACAUUAGGUUCAGUUAUCCAACUCGAUCUCAGACAGAGGUUUUGAAAGGACUUAGUCUACAAGUUCCAGAAGGGAAAACCAUAGCCUUGGUUGGGCCUUCGGGAUGUGGAAAGUCAACAUGUAUCCAACUCCUUCUCAGAUUCUAUGAUCCGGAUCAGGGAGAGGUCAAGCUUGAUGGAGUAUCGACAGUAGAUUUCUCAAUUCGAAAUCUUAGAUCGCAUCUUGGCCUUGUUUCUCAGGAACCUGUUCUUUUCGAUCGAACUAUUGCUGAGAACAUCGCUUACGGGGAUAACUCGAGGGUGGUAUCAAUGGAAGAGAUCAUCGAAGCAGCGAAAGAGGCUCAAAUUCAUUCGGAAUUCAUCACGAAACUUCCUUUGGGCUACGAUACACCUUUGGGUUCAAGAGGAACUCAGUUAUCAGGUGGACAGAAGCAGAGGAUUGCCAUUGCUAGAGCCCUCAUUCGGAAUCCAAAAGUACUUCUACUUGAUGAGGCUACUUCAGCCUUGGACGCAGAGAGUGAAAAGACGGUCCAGAACGCUCUGGAAAGAGCAAGUGAGAAUCGUACUUGCAUCGUAAUUGCACACAGACUCUCCACUAUCCGGAAUGCUGAUCUGAUUUGCGUUAUCGAUAAAGGGCAAAUCGCCGAAAUGGGAACUCACAAUGAUCUCAUGUCUUUGAAUGGAAUUUAUUCUAAAAUGUACCAGUCGUCUUUACAAUGAAUAAC